AUGAAAUUUUUGCUAAUAUAUUUAUUUAUUUUGCCUUCUUCAACACAAGCAGAAUUGUUCACUUCGAUUGCCCAUCUCAAAUCACUUAUCGAUGUACAUAAAGAAAUUCCCGAAAUUAUCGAAAGUUAUAUUAAAAUUGAAGAAAAUCGAUUGCAAACUUUGCAAAGGUUAAUUGAAAGUCAUCGAAAUAAAAAUAAACAAAUGUCAUCGGAUGGUACAAAUUCUUUGAGGAAUCCUAUCAGGGCGUUUUCGCUUAUAAAGCAUCUCGUUUCGGAUUGGAGUGUUAUCGAAAACUUAAUGAAACAAAAUGUCGCCGAUGAAUUUUUAAGAAACUUAGCUGAGAGUCGCAUGAAGCAACAAAUUAAGCAUCCGACAGAUGAAGAUCUCUCAGGCGCUGCAGCGGCCAUAUUUCGCCUUCAAGAUGUAUAUAGGCUUAGUACGAAGGACUUAGCAAACGGAAAAAUUUACAACAUUGAUUCCAAUCAAACUUUAUCAGCAAAGGACUGUUUCUUGAUUGGACGUGCUGCAUAUGUAGCUGAAGAUUAUUACCACACAGUUUUAUGGAUGCAAGAAGCAUAUGACAAGAUUAAGAAAGAAAAUGAUCCAUCGCAUGAAGAUCUCCAAGAUAUCAUCGAACAUCUUUCAUUUUCACUUUUUAAACAAGGGAACGUAAAGCGUGCUCUACUGCUAGCUGAGGAACUAUUGGAAACAGCACCGAAUCAUCAACGAGCAGCAUCGAACAUCAAAUGGUACGAGAAUACUCUGAGGGAAGAAGGUUUCAAACCGAAUGAAUUCAGGAGGAAUAUUCCUCCUGUAGUGAAUCGGCGUGAAGACGAUUUAGUUGAAAGUAAUAAAGAACGAGAUAUUUACGAGGCUCUCUGCAGAAAUGAAGUCCCAGUUAGCAUUAAAGAAUUAUCAAAACUCUAUUGUUACUACAAACAAGAUCGGCCUUACUUACUGCUCGCUCCAUUUAAAGUUGAAAUAAUGAGGUUUAAUCCGCUAGCAGUUAUCUUUCGAAAUGUGAUAUCAGAUGAAGAAAUUGAUAUAAUUCAGGAAAUGGCUCAACCACUGCUGAAAAGGGCAACGGUCCAAAAUUCUGUAACUGGCCAGCUGGAAACGGCUUCCUACCGCAUAAGUAAGAGCACAUGGCUGAAAAGUAGUGAUCAUGAAGUAGUGGAGCGAAUAAAUCGAAGAACUGAUUUUAUGACAAAUUUAGAACAAGAAACAGCAGAAGAACUUCAAAUUGCGAAUUAUGGUCUUGGCGGACACUACGAUCCACAUUUCGAUUUUGCUCGAAAAGAGGAAACUCGGUCUUUCGAAACACUCGGCACAGGCAAUCGUAUCGCAACUGUGCUCUUCUAUGUUGUACUUCUGUUCACAUUUAUUGUUUUCAUUAAGAUGAGUGAACCAGAGAUCGGUGGUGCGACUGUUUUUACUUCACUCAGGACUACAGUUUUGCCUUCAAAGAAUGAUGCUUUAUUUUGGUACAAUUUGAUACGAAGUGGCGAAGGUGAUCUUAGAACUCGACACGCAGCAUGUCCGGUGCUUGUUGGUGAUAAAUGGGUUGCAAAUAAGUGGAUCCAUGAAGCUGGCCAAGAAUUUCGCAGGCCGUGUGGCUUACGAACCUUUGAUCAAGAGAAGUAUGUUGGUGAUCUUGGUGGUCCUGAACCGGAAAACCACGCAAAUAUUAGUCCUUUCUAA